AGAGAGCCCUCCUCCCCCCGCCGAGGGGAAGAGGAAAAGAGAGUCGUGGCGGCGGGAUGAUGAUAACUUAGGGCUGUGCCUGGCAGUGGGAGCUGCCCGGGUGAGGGCGGCUGGGAGGGCGGCAGCGAUGUCCCAGGGCACGGCAGGAGGAGCGGGAGCACCCCAGGUGCUGCCGGAGGGGAAGGAGAGGCAGAGGAAGAGGAGACGAAGGAAGAGGAAAGAGAGUAAGACGCGGCUGGUGUGCUCCAACUUGCUGUUACCUGAGGCAGAGGUGGAGAAGUCCAAGAGGACGGUCCUGGCCAGCAACCGCCUCAAGACCACCAAGUACACGGCGCUUUCCUUCCUGCCCAAGAACCUCUUCGAGCAGUUCCACCGCCUGGCCAACAUCUACUUUGUGUUCAUCGCGCUGCUCAACUUCGUGCCGGCCGUCAACGCCUUCCAGCCGGAGUUGGCUUUAGCCCCCGUGCUCUUCAUCUUGGCGGUCACUGCCAUCAAAGACCUGUGGGAGGAUUACAGCCGUUACCGCUCCGACAAGGAGAUCAACCACAUGGAGUGCCUGGUGUACAGCAGAAAUGAAAAGAAAUACACAAUCAGAUACUGGAAAGAAGUGAAAGUUGGAGACUUUGUGCAGCUUCGCUGUAAUGAAAUUAUACCUGCUGACAUAUUGCUGCUCUCCUCAAGUGAUCCUGAUGGGCUGUGCCAUAUAGAAACAGCUAACCUGGAUGGUGAAACUAACUUAAAACAGAGGCAGGUGGUGAGGAGGUUCUUAGAGCUGGACUCAGAGUUUGACCCCUUGAAGUUCACCAGUGUCAUUGAAUGUGAGAAGCCAAACAAUGACUUAAGUAGGUUUCGAGGUUACAUUGUACAUAAAAGUGGAAAAAAGGACGGAUUGUUCAAAGAAAAUCUUUUGUUACGUGGAUGUACUAUUAGAAAUACAGAAGAGGUUUCAGGAAUAGUAAUCUAUGCAGGGCAUGAGACCAAAGCUUUGUUAAAUAAUAACGGACCCCGCUACAAGCGCAGUAAGCUUGAAAGACAGAUGAAUGCUGAUGUCCUUUGGUGCGUCCUCAUACUUCUAAUCAUGUGUCUGUUUUCUGCCAUCGGUCAUGGCUUAUGGGUGUGGCAAUAUGGUGAGAAGAAGAAACCUAUUUUUGAUGUUCCAGGGCCUGAUGGCAAAUAUUUGUCUCCUGUUUUAGCUUCAGUAUAUUUAUUUCUGACAGUCAUUAUAGUUUUCCAGGUUAUGAUUCCAAUUUCUUUGUAUGUAUCCAUUGAAAUAGUUAAAAUCUGCCAAGUAUAUUUUAUUCAUCAAGAUAAGGAUUUAUAUGAUGAAGAAACAGACUCUCAGCUGCAGUGCCGAGCUUUAAAUAUCACAGAAGACUUGGGUCAAGUGCAGUUUAUCUUUUCAGACAAGACUGGGACGCUUACUGAAAACAAGAUGGUUUUCCGAAGAUGCACCGUUUCUGGAAUAGAGUAUUCCCAUGAUGAUAACGCGAAACGCUUAGCGAUGUACCAAGAACCUGAUUCCGAGGAAGAUGAGGCAGCCCCAAAAGGAGGAACACUAUCCCAGCGUGAUAGCAUCUGCAGCCAUCAGAGCAUCAAAGUAAUCCACAGGAGCCAGAGCACCAAAACCCACCGCCGCACAGGUAGCAGAGCUGAAGCAAAAAGAGCAAGCAUACUCUCAAAGCACACUGCCUUCAGUAGCCCAAUGGAGAAGGACAUCACACCUGACCCCAACUUGUUAGAGAAGGUGAAUGAGUGUGCAAAGCAUCUGGAGGUCAUGAGGAGCCACGAACAGCCAUUAUCCCAUCUGAGACCUGAACUAUGUGACAUCUUUGACUUCUUCAUUGCUUUGACUAUAUGUAAUACAGUCGUGGUUACUGCACCAAAUCAGCCCCGACAGAAGGUUAGAGAUCGAUUUGAACUAAAAUCUCCAGUGAAAACCAUAGAAGACUUCAUACGCAGAUUCACUCCAAGUCGCUUGACCUCUGGAUCUAACAGCAGCAGUUCAUCUAGUCUAGCUACAAGCAAAUCGAUGCACAGAUUUGGUUUAAGUCUGCUUUCAUCUACGUCUACAGAUAGCACUUUAUUAAAACUGGACGAGAAGCUGGCGUACUCUGCGCAGAUGAACAACAAUGGCUACAGCUCCCAGCAAGGCAGGACAGCUGUGAGGGGUGGACCUGAGGAAGGAGAACUCCGUUACGAAGCAGAGAGCCCAGAUGAAGCUGCUCUCGUCUAUGCAGCAAGGGCAUAUAACUGUUCUCUGGUUGGAAGGCUGUCUGACCAGGUAUCAGUGGAGCUACCUCACCUGGGAACAUUAAGCUUUGAAGUAUUACAUACGUUGGGCUUUGAUUCCGUCAGGAAGAGGAUGUCAGUAGUGGUCAGACAUCCCCUCACGGAUGAAAUAAAUGUUUACACUAAAGGAGCAGAUUCAGUUAUUAUGGAUCUUCUUCUACCCUGCUCUUCAGAUGACCCCCGGGGCAAACAUCAAAAAAAAAUCCAAAGCAAAACCCAGAAUUACCUUGAUCUAUAUGCUGUAGAUGGGCUGCGGACUCUCUGUAUUGCCAAAAGAGUUCUCAGCAAGGAAGAGUAUGCCUGUUGGUUAAAAAGUCAUUUAGAAGCAGAGUCCUCUCUUGAAAAUCGUGAAGAACUUCUGUUUCAGUCAGCACUGCGGAUAGAGAAGAAUCUGCAUCUGCUAGGUGCAACUGGUAUUGAAGACCGUUUACAGGAUGGUGUUCCAGAAACCAUUGCAAGCUUGCGCAAAGCUGGGUUGCAGAUUUGGGUUCUUACUGGAGAUAAGCAAGAAACAGCUGUUAAUAUUGCAUAUGCCUGCAAGCUACUAGAUCACGAUGAAGAAAUCAUCACUUUGAAUGCUGAGUCACCAGAGACAUGUGCUGUUCUGCUGGAACAGUGUCUGCAAUGCGUAGAGUCUAAGUUUUCAAACAACACGACAGAUGAAGCUACUGGAAACAUGCCUGUUGGGUUUACCCCUCUCUAUCCACCUUCUUCCCCUGUGCUUUCCAGCUUGGGCCUAGUGAUCGAUGGAAGGACUUUGGCUUAUGCCCUGGAACCUACACUAGAAGAUAAAUUCCUUGCACUGGCCAAGCGAUGCCGUUCAGUACUGUGUUGUCGCUCUACCCCAAUCCAAAAGAGCAUGGUAGUGAAACUAGUCAGAGACAAACUCAAAGCAAUGACCUUGGCAAUAGGUGAUGGUGCUAAUGAUGUCAGCAUGAUCCAAGUGGCAGAUGUUGGUGUGGGGAUCUCUGGUCAAGAAGGCAUGCAGGCGGUGAUGGCAAGUGACUUUGCAAUCCCGAGGUUCCGGUAUUUGGAGAAGCUCUUGCUCGUUCACGGACACUGGUGUUAUUCCCGACUCGCCAACAUGGUGCUGUAUUUCUUCUACAAGAAUGCAAUGUUCGUGGCCCUUCUUUUCUGGUACCAGUUCUACUGCGGCUUCUCUGGCUCGUCGAUGGUUGAUCAGUGGUACCUCAUCUUCUUUAAUUUACUCUUCUCAUCUCUUCCACAAUUGAUUACUGGUGUGCUGGAUAAGGACGUGCCAGCAGAAGUGUUAAUUGCUGUACCACAGCUUUAUAAAAGUGGUCAGAAUAUGGAGGAGUACCAACCACACAUGUUUUGGAUGAACAUGAUUGAUGCUAUGUAUCAAAGCCUGGUUUGCUUCUUCAUCCCCUAUUUCACUUACUAUGAUUCAGAGGUGGAUAUCUUUUCCUGGGGAACUCCCAUCACCACAAUAGCUCUUUUCACCAUCAUACUACAUUUGGCUAUUGAAACCAGAACUUGGACUUUUCUCCACCUGUCAUCUUGCAUCUUCAGCAUCUUUUUAUUUUUCUUCGUGGCUCUGGUUUACAAUGCUUCCUGCCCAGUAUGCCACCCUCCAUCCAAUCCCUACUGGACUAUGGAAAGGCUGAUGGGGGACCCUAUGUUCUAUUUGACUUGCAUCAUAUCACCAGUCGUUGCACUGCUGCCCAGAUUUCUGUACAGAACCCUUCAGGGAACACUAUUCCCAACCAAGCUUCAGCUUGGACGCCAGUUGAGUCAACUGCCCCCAGAGAUUCUCAGCCAGCUUCUGACCAAGGUGAAUGUAAUGGACACAAUACGUCAGACACGACCCUUUGCAGACAGCUUCUCACCAACCCUUGGCUCAAAUGCUGGCGAUUGUCAUAAGGCUUAUAACCAAAGCACACCUUUGCCAACAUCUCCUCAAACGAGUGAGUCACUUUUCCAAGAGCACCCAAAGACAGAGCAUACAACAGAUCAGACUGUGGCUGCCUCUCACCAGCGUGCUGUGUUGUAUGGGGAAAGCAAACUCCCCUCGUCAGCAAGCAGUCUGGAAAGGUCCACGGGUUUUCAUGAAGUUAGACAUGGCACUUCAGCGAUGGAGGAGUUGCCUGUGGGAGCAACAUUGCCAUGGAGCUCAGGAGUCGACCAAGCAGACUUCAGUUUGCUGAAGUGGAUCACAUCAACUCCACUGUUCAGUCGCAUUGGGACUGUUUUACAGGUGUCGUCAAGCAGUUUACAAAAUGAAACACAGGACAGUAUGUGUGUGCUUGGCUCUUCUCUGCAUGUGGACUUCAAAGACUUAAAAGAACAGAGUUCAAAUAACUCGCAGGACAAAAUGACAGGCACACCAACUGAUCACUGUAAAAGUGACAAUUCCGAGACCACCUUUUUAUGACAAGGGCCUUAAAUAUAUUUAUAUGUUUUCUAUUUGCACACAUUUAUAGUGAGAUUACUCUAUUUGUUUCCAAAGAUGAAACAGAAAAUCAAAGGUACAGAAUGAUUAUUUAAGAACGUUUAAAUACAAUAUAUUGAAAUAAGAGCUUUAAAUAUAAAAAGAAACACUUGAAAGUUCCAUUUAAAUUGUUUUAUUUUUUCAUCUCAUUUUGUAAGAAAAUGCUGUCUCUUUAUUUUUCAGAUGCUUCUCUUUUAUUCUGACACAUACUGUAAAAGCAAAGGACCUAUCUACCAUAUUCAAAAGGAUUAGGUUCAGCAACAAUUAUUGAUAUCAUUAUAGGCCCUUCAGUAAUCGAGGAAAAACAGUGAUAAUAGGCACUGAAUUGCAACUAUCAUCUGCUUCCCAGGCUGUUUUGUCACUGGAGCAAACCAUGAGGCAAGACUAUCGAGCUGUUAUACACCUCUCUGUAAAUGUUAACAGUAUCUUACCACUGCAUUAAUAAUACAGGUAUUUUAUAAGUGACACCAUAUUUCAAUAUUGCAGCCAUAGUGUUAUAUGUGUCGUGAUAAAACAAUAAAUAAAUGACCAUCCGUAUUGCAAAGUGAUUUCCCAGUCUGGCAUUAAUAGUAUCUCAGCCCUCCCCUUGGAGCAGCUAGCAUUUGGCCAGUCAUGGCUUUAUAUCAUGCUAUUUAACUUUUGAAGAAAAGCUGCUGCUUGUUUGUGAGGAAGGAUUUGGUGAUGUCGUGGUUCAAGGCCAGAUGGCAACGAAGUCCCACGCAGUCUCACUCCCCCACAUCUCUUGUAGGACGGAAAAGAAAAUCAAAACUCACGAGUUACGAUAACAACAAGUAUAAUAAUUACAAUAAAAUAUAAAAACAAUAGGAAGAAUAAGGUAUAAUAUUAGUAAUUAAGAGAAACAAAACUGAAGGAAAACACAAGUGCUGCACAAUACAUUUGCUCACCACCUGCUGACUGAUGCCUGAGCAGUGAUCCACCCCUGCCCACCAACUCCCCCCCUUGUUUCUAUACUGGGCAUGACAUCCUGUGGUAUGGAACAGCCCUUUGGAUAGUUCGACUCAGUCAUGUUUCCCCCAGCUUCUUGUGCACAUACCACUCAGCUGUGUGGAUGGAGCUGCAGUGUCUUUUAAUGUCAGAGGGGAAAUCAAAUGACACUUUGAAAUGUGUAAAUGUUGCCUUCAGGUUAGAAAUGCUGCUCUGCUUAUAAAAGAGGAGGUCACAGAAGGACACAGUAUCAGAUACCGGAUAGAAUGAGUUUAUAGGUUUGCAUGAUGUUAUUUCAGUGUAAGAGUGUCAUGGAGUCAUAGCAGGAGCUUGCUAUGGAUGUCACACCUGUGUGCCCUCUGUCAGUUACUGCAACAGCCCCAGCAGGCAGAUAAGUCUCUCUUGAGUUUAUUGACUCCGACACGUCUUUCCAUAGUAUGUUUGGUGUCCCACAGACCUCCAUGGGACUUGUCUGAUGCUGCCAGCCAGAAAGGACUGGAACAUCACUGAGCUCAUAGCUGCAUUUGAUAAUAUCCUCAUCAAAAAGAAACAAAAUUCCUCACUUUGCGGUACAAGAUUUGGUUUAGUUGUUGUGAUUUCAGUGUUUCAAAGACUAUUUGUGUAGGUGAAGGAUAAAAGGGUUCAUUUGGGACUGAGAGAUGCUCACACGCUGCCAGAUAGUUGUGUUAAAUUGCCACUGUAAGUGUGAGAGUGGUACAUCUGUGUCAUAUAUUCAGGCAAACGGCAGAUCUAGAUCCUCAGCUGCUCCAGCCGUCAUAGCUCUUCCAGUGUCUGCAAGCUGACCUACCUCAGCUGGGAAGCAGGCCUCAAUAUAAACAAUAAAAAUAUCUUGAUUGUGGUGGCAAUGCUGCAAAGCUGUAUGAGUUUAAUCUUCAACAAACCAAAUAAUCCAGCUGACCUUAAUGAAGCAGUGCCCUCAACAGGAUUGCUGGCGUGCUUGCAGAUCUAUAGGAAGGUGUCCCACACUGAGGACUCCACGUGCCGAAACAACACAGCGAGAUACCUGGGAGCACAGAACCAGGUCAGCAGGAUGUCAGUAAGCAAGAUGUCUCCAUUUUCUUUUGGGAGAUAAAUUGUAAAAUAACAUAAGUAAAAUGUGAUUUAAGUUACAGUUUGGAGGGGAAAAAAAACCCAAAAAAAACCAAAACAGAUUUUGCAUUUGAAAAGAAAAUAUUAGGAAACUAAUUCUUUUCAUUUCAAAUCAGUUCUCUCUUCAGCUGCCAGAAGACAAACACAUCAAAGCAUGUAACUUGCUGGGCUCUAGGGCUUGUCAACAUUUUGA